ACGCUGGCGCAGUGCCGCAGAAGAAAGAAAGUUUUCGGCUGUGCUGGUUGCCUAACGCUCCGAUCUCCGAUCUUGGCAGUAUUUCGCUGUAGAUAUAUACAUAUACCCAUUCCGUGUGCUCAGUGGAGCGUCUUCCGCGUUUUGUGGCUGCGUCGCUUAAUUGGCCCAAAAGUAUCUCAAGUGUGUGAUUGUGAAAGUUCCUGAAGAACAAAAUGUACGUGCGACGAGCUCUGCUCUUGGCCUGCCUGCUGUGCCUCCAGCCGCUGAGUCCUUCUCUGGCCAGCGAGGACGAGUCCAAUCCGCUGCUGGACAUGGCCUCCAUGUUGUUCCAGGAGGCGUUGUCCAGUCAGAAUGGCGGCAACAACGGAGGAGGUGGCGGAGGCGGUGGAGGAGCUGGUUUGGCGGGUGUGGCCUCAUUGCUGGGCACCUUCAUGCAGGCCAGUGGCAAAUCCGGAGGAGCAGGUGGCGGCGGCGCUGGCGGAGCCAUGCAGAUCCUCUCGGGCCUGGGCAGCCUUCUGUCCAAGAGUGGUGGUCAGGGCGGCGGCGGCGGCUUCGAUCCCUCCAUCAUCGGCAAUGUCCUGGAGAUGUUCACCCAGGGUGACGAUGAGGAGACCACUCCCAAUCAAAAGCGCAGCAAUGGCGGCGGUUCCGAAUCCGGCAUUGGCUUGGACACCAUCCUCCAGGUGGCCUCGGCCUUCAUGAACACCCAGGGCAACGACAAGAGCUCCCACCAUCACCAGAAACGAUCUGCCGGCGAGGAGCCGGAAAGCGCGAACGGACUGAUGAAUCUACUGCCAUUGGUGAUGCAGGCGGUCAGCUCCUUCGCCGGUCCCGAGGGUCAGCACACCCAGGAGAAGCACAAGAGCCAUGCCUGGGUGCUGCCCCCAUUCCUCGAGCACAUCCACGUGCUGUGGGACCACUUCUCCAACUCGGAACUGGCGGACGCUCUAUAUGAGAAAUCCGGAGUCAACAAGAUCAUGAAGGGCUUCAAGGGCAACGAUGGAAAGCUGGACUACGACAAGCUGUUCGAAUCGCUGAACAACCAGUCCUUCCGCCGGAGGUGGAUCAAGUCGGCCACACUGUACCUGGCCGACUGGGCCAGCUAUUUGGCCAAUCCCGAUGUUUAUCUCAGGUACUUCCAGACGGCACAGAUCAUGUUUAACGGCCUGCUGAAGUCUCAAGGUUACCCCAAGCAGACCCACUUCGAUCCCUCCCGACCCGGCGAGACCAUCUCGAAUCUCUUGGACCAUGUGGCCAAGCACCACCUGAACGUUAAGAUCGACUCCAGGCAGUACGUUAAGCCGGCGGUGGGCUAUGCCAAGGAGCUGCUGAAACUCGGCCAGGCACGCGGAUUACUCCAGUUCAAUGCCACCGAGAUCAGCGACAAGCUGACGGAUACGCUCAACCUGGAGGUUAUUGAACCGGUGCUGAAAGUCCACCGCGCCUACAGAUACAUCUCGAAGUCGCCGCAAUGCGAUCGCUACGUGCUCUGCCAGCUGAAUGCAGCGGCUCUCGAUCAGCAGGAGAAGAAGCAGCAACACGACCAAUACCAGCAGCACCACCAGCCAAAGAACCAGCAGCAGCAGCAGAAUCGACAGACACCGACAUCGGCGUCCGGCCUAAUUGCCGGAGUCAGUCCGAAAAUCGUGAAGAUCGGCAGCAUGGGUGCAGCGAUCUUCAUUAGCACGGAAACCGGUACGCCGUUCUGGACGCUAUUCGGCGUGAUCAAUGCGCCUUACAAUUGCGAGGCCAAAUACCCAGUCGACUGCAAUGGUUUCCACGAGGGCGAGGCCAAGGUGACCACAGAAUAUAUCCACAACGAGUUGUAGUGCUCCAUUCCAGGUGCAGAUCAAGAUCAAGAUGAAGAUCUGGAGGGAAAGGAGAAGACGAAGGCUCAUUAAGACGAUUUAGCUGUAAUUGAGAUAACGAUUUCGUGUGUAUAUAGUAUUACGGAUUGAAAUACAUUUAAAUUUAAACUAAA